AUGGCUCUCGGAAUAAACGCAAGGAUGGUGGCGUUUGUGCCACACACGCUCGCCUUAGUCUUAUCGGUGAUGGUUCUUUAUUGGUCAAUCAGUUAUAGAGGUGGAUUUGCAUGGGAGUCUACCAACAAGAGACUCAUCUUCAAUCUUCAUCCUCCUUUGAUGCUCAUCGGCUUAGUAAUUCUGGGAGGCGAAGCAAUUAUAAGUCACAAAUGGCUUCAGCUUGAGAAACCAGUGAAGAAAAAGAUUCAUCUUGUUCUCCACGCUAUUGCUCUGAUACUUGGAAUCUGGGGGAUAUGUGCUGCUUUCAAGAACCAUAACGAGUCAAACAUCCCAAAUCUCUAUAGCCUCCAUUCUUGGAUUGGUAUUGGAGUCAUUGUUAUUUAUGUCCUUCAGUGGUUGUAUAGCUUUAUAGUCUUCUUCUACCCUAGAGGAUCAACACCUCUCAGAAGCAACUUGCUUCCAUGGCACGUGUUUCUCGGCCUCUUUGUUUAUGUUCUUGCGGUUGGAAACACGGCUUUAGGGUUUCUUGAGAAGCUCACUUUCAUGGAAACAUCAGGGCUUGACAAAUUCGGAUCAGAAGCGUUUCUCAUCAACUUCAUGGCUAUUAUCACAAUUCUCUUUGGUACUUUUGUGAUACUCAUUGUCUCUGCCACGCCUGCUCCUUCCUCAGAUGAUGUUGAAGAUAACUAUAGCUACUCAGCUUUAAUAACCUAUCUUCCAUAAUGUUUAUUUAAAAACAUAAUGUUGUGGUUUCAUACGUGAAAGGUUUGCUUAUAAUAAUGGUGUUGCAAGUUUGUAAGUUUCAUAAAAUUGAACGAAAAAUUUAUUGCA